AGAUUCAAAAUGAAACAGAUUAAAGUUGGAGUGUUAUUUCUACUACCGAGUUGUUCUUUCAUCAUUCUACUACUAUACUACUGGCAGCAUUUGGGGCUCGGUUUUCGCCAAUUUCCGGCGAUUACUGCCCAGCCUCUAAUCUCUAUCCGACAUCACAAAGUCGUGCCCAUGAAACAUAUAAAUCUUGACGAGUUAUACAAAGACAACAAAGAAUCAGAAGAAAACUUUUUAAAUGAAUACAGAACCGUGUACUCUAUAAACACGCCAGGGUGCCAAAUUCCAUUCAAUAUGAUAAAUUACAGGAAGCAAAUCGAAAUUGAGAAAAAACAUAAGCAGAAACGAUCUGACUGCGGUAAACGAGCAGUUCACAUAAAGAAAAUUGACGGGGAUCGUGUACGAGCGACGGUCAACCCAUUGCUUUACACUAUGUGUGAAAUUUAUCUCCGGUGCCACGAUUUUUCUUCAAACUGAUUUCAUAAACGUGAGAUGUGUUGAAUAUGAUGUGAGAAACAAGACACAUCCGAUAUAUGAUGAUGUUUUCGCCUUCGCCAAGAAGAUCAAUACGAGACACAGCCAACAAUCUUGUAAUAACAGCUACAAUGUACUGAUGUUAGGCAUGGACUCUAUGUCUUUGCCGCGAAUUGUGCAGACGAUGCCAAGAACUACGGAUUACCUUCACAAGAACUUUUGGUUUUGCUUCCGUGGUUAUCACAAGGUGGGUGAUAAUACGUUUCCCAACGUAAUGGCAACAUUGACUGGCCACAGCAUGCCAAUCAUAUCCUCAGAAUGCCAAGAUCAAAUGGACCAGUGUAACGAAAUGUUAAUGUGGAGUAAAUUCCAGGAUAUCGGAUACGUCACAGCGUACGGAGAAGACUUCUUGCGUUUACCUGAUACUUUCAGUAGGCGCUAUGCGUUUCAGAAACCUCCGACCGACCACUAUAUAAAGCCAUUAUUUAUCAAGAGGGAGAAGGAGUUGAAUAAUAAAUCGCUAGUUUGUGCAGGAAAGAUAUCCGCUGGCCAGCAGCUUUUGGAUUACGCUGCUGAUUUUGUGACAACAUAUCGAAAUGAUCGCUUCUUUGGAUUUUUUUGGAUGAACUCAUUCAGCCACAACACGAACAGUCGUCCUCAGGAUGCAGACAGACUACUGGAGAAUUUCUUUAACAAAAUAACGUACACUGGUAUUCUUGAAAAUACGUUCGUCAUUUUUUACAGUGACCACGGCAUUAGAUUCGGACCACUUCGUUUUGAAUUAGAAUCGUACUACGAUGAGCGGUUACCGUUCUUUUUUAUGCGACCGCCGACAAGGUUCAGAACCCGGAGAUGGAAAGAAUAUAAGGCGCUCGCGGAUAAUCAAUUUAAAUUAGUGACCCCCUACGACCUGUUCAACACGUUAAUGAAUAUAAAGGAGUUGUCUACAUGCAAGAGUAUGUCCGACGUGAGCUUUUCUCGCGGCUGUCCGAAUUGUCACAGUCUGUUCACGCCAGUUAAAACUUCACGGACGUGCCGCGACGCUGCCAUCCAUGAUAAGUGGUGUAGUUGUCACCAGUUGUAUCCCCUAGAUAAUAACGACGUUCAAGGCAUCAAGAGCGUGCUACUAGCGAUGUCUCAUAUCAAUAAUAUAGUUAAAUCUAUAAAAACAAGACAAUGCUGGCAUUGCCUGGACAUCUCGCUCAAAAACGUCAUAAGAAUACAUUUCUAUUACGAUGGUAGUAAAGAUAAUAUCUAUUAUGUGGUUGCAUUCACUACGGCGCCGGGUAACAUGUCUUAUGAAGCUGUCGUGAACAAAUCGCAAUUAAUCGGACCUCUGAGCGUUAUAACGCCGUAUAAAGGUCAAAAAACCUGCACAAGAAAUAUACGAGAACUUCCAAAAGCGCGAUUGUAUUGUACAUGUCAAAAGAAUAAAACUUGCACUUAAUAAUUGUGAUAUCUUUUGAUCAUUGAAGUUAUCUGUA